GGUCUUCUGUAUCAUAAGGCACCCACCAUCUUUCUUGGAAUGAAUCUCAUAAUGUUUCUAAUUGCUUUGAUUGGGAAUAGUUUUCUUUUGAUUCUAAUUAAAAUGGACUCUGGACUGCAGACACCAAUGUACUUUUUCCUUAGCCAGUUAGCCUUCAUGGAUCUCUGCCAGGUUCUCUCGAUUAUUCCCCAAACCAUGGUAAAUUUUGUAACCCAGAAAUACAACAUUUCACUGUAUGCAUGUGUCACACAAAUUUUCAUCACACUGACCUUGGGAGGAGCAGAAUGCCUCAUUUUGGCUACCAUGUCAUAUGACAGGUAUGUGGCCAUCUGCAGGCCUUUGCAAUAUCCAUUCCUCAUGAGGAGAAGAAUAUGCUACAUCAUGUCAGUGGGUGUCUGGUUCUGGUCUUGUGUACAGGCUCUAACAUGUUCUUUUUAUGUGCUUCCUCUUCCCUACUGCAAGUCCAAUGUGAUUAAACACAACAUGUGCGAUUACCCAGCCCUUGUUCAGUUGUCCUGCUCUGACAAUUCUGCAUUUGAAAGAACAAUAUACAUUGGGGAUUUCCUGGUGUUCCUCAUCCCAGUCUCAGUCAUCCUUGCUUCCUACAUAGCCAUCCUCCUGCAAGUCCUAGGACCUCAUUCCUCUAAGAGAAGCCACAAAGCUGUGGGUACCUGCCUGUCCCACUUGUGCGUGGUGGGGCUUUUCUAUGGAGCAUCUAUGUUGACAUACAUGACACCUGUAUCUUCCUAUUCAGCGCAAAAGUCCAUGACUAAUACCGUGUUUUGUACUAUUGUUCCUGCCACAAUGAACCCUUUCAUAUACAGUCUGAGAAACCGGGAUGUGUCAGCAGCACUAAGAAAACUUUUUGCAAAAUAUGCAUUGCAUUAA